AUGACUACAUAUAUCAUCGCAGCCCUUGCAGGCUAUGUAGCAAUAGGACACAGCCUCGUGCUCAAACAUGCCUCUACUGCGGCAGCCUACAGCUCCAACUCAAACGGGACUUACACUUUGUCGUCCGUUCCUGCACCUGUCCGGGGCAACAUCUCCCACGCAUCAAUGCGUGCAUGGCAGCUCAGCAUCGAUGACACACCAUCGGGCCACAAGCAGACCAUUACCGGUUUCGGGGCCGCUGUAACCGAUGCCACUGUCGCCUCAUUCAAUACUUUACCGUUCAGAACUCGGCUCCAACUACUGGAUGAAUUGAUGACUCCCUUCGGUGCUGACUUUAGUCUGAUGCGUCAUACAAUUGGGGCAUCAGACUUGUCUGGUAACCCGGCUUAUACGUACGAUGAUAACGGCGGAAUUGAAGAUAAGUUGCUGUUAAAUUUUAAUCUUGGAGAACGAGGACUUGCAAUGGCAUUGAUGCUUGCAACGAUGAAGUCCUUACAACCUAAUAUGAAGAUUCUGGGUUCUUCAUGGAGUCCACCCGGAUGGAUGAAAUCGGAUAAUGCUAUUGAUGGAACGACCACAAAUAACAAUUUAGACGACGGGUAUUUCGGUGGGAAGACUUCAGGGCACUCGAACCAAUUUGCGGACUACUUUGUGAAGUACAUCCUGGCCUACGAGAUUCUUGGUGCUAAUAUCGAUGCAAUAACCAUUCAAAAUGAACCCUUGAAUAGUCAGGCUGGAUACCCUACCAUGCACAUGCUCGCUUCUGAGCAGGCUCAUCUCAUUCAAAAUUACGUUGGCCCAGCACUUGCUAAUGCAGGCUUGAAAACCAAGAUCUGGGCCCAUGAUGACAAUACCAAUGUUCCAUCGUAUCCCCAAACAGUUCUAGACAACGCCGGCCAGUAUGUUGACACCGUGGCCUGGCAUUGCUAUGCAACCGACCUGGACUGGCAUGACCUGACGGACUUUUACCACAACAACACCGGUAUUACACAAUACAUGACUGAAUGCUGGACUCCAGCAUCGGAAUCCUGGAACCAUGCGGCCCGCUUUACCAUGGGGCCCCUGCACAACUGGGCUUCAGGAGUGAUUGCCUGGACGCUCGGGACCAAUGCUGAUAAUGGACCAUAUUUAUCCAGUGGGGGAUGUGACAAAUGCCAGGGUCUGGUCACGGUAAACAAUGAUGGUACAUAUACGUUGAAUAUGGCCUACUACAUGAUGGCCCAAUUCAGCAAGUUCAUCCCUCCUGGAGCUAUCAUUCUUCAGGGAACGGGAAGCCAUACGCACUACUAUGGUGGUGUCCAGUCUGUUGCUUCACUCAACCCAGAUGGUACCCGAACUGUGGUCAUUGAAAAUACAUUCAGCCAUGACAUCUAUGUAACCUUGAACACAAACAGUAGAGAAAAGUGGAGUGGCCAUGUUCCUGCAGAAUCCGUGACAACCUGGGUUCUGCCGCCUGCUAGGUAGUGUUUGUGGUUUCGAAAUUUUACCAUAGUCUUGGAAACGAGUUGCUAAAUCCAUUUCAUAGUUAGAACUAGACGGUUUAUAUAGGAGAUAUUUCGUACCAUGACCACAACAGUCCGAAAUAACAUCC